AUGGCGACCUUCAAACGAUGCAAACUUCUUUCUUCCCUCUACAUUCUUCUCCCUUUUGCUAUUCUCGCAAACCCAGCUCAUGCGGCUCCUUAUCAGACUCGCAUUCUUGAGACCGGCAGUACCUUCAGUGCUCCGGAUCCACAUGGCCCAUGGCAAAUGAUUCCCAGCAAUCCUACCGAAGACCUGGCCUGCAUCAAAACCACCAAUACCGGAACCGGGAGGGUAGAGGUUCAUAUUGCGUCGGGUUCAUCCGGAUUCAGGACUCGCACCCUUGAAGUCGGAACAACGUUUGUCUCUGAGGAUAAUGGAACUUGGCAACUGAUUGAUGCAGACGGUGACGGCAGCCCUGAUCUUGUUUACAUUAAGACCAGGAAUACCGGGACCGGUAGGGUGGAGGUACACAUUGCGUCCGCGUCAUCCAACUAUCAGACACGGAUUCUGGAAACGGGAACCACGUUCUAUCCGGAGGAUAAUGGGGUUUGGCAAAUGGCGGACUUCGACCAUGAUGGAAAGCUGGAUCUAGUUUAUAUUAAGACCCGUAACACGGGCACAGGGAAGGUCGAGGUGCACGUGGCAUCUGGAGCCUCAAACUACCAGAGGCGAAUCCAAGAGGUCGGGACGACAUUUUACCCCGAAGAUAAUGGCGUCUGGCAGAUGGUCGACUUCGAUCGCGAUGGAAAAUUGGAUCUGGCUUACAUCAAGACUCAGAACACGGGAACUGGAAAUGUUGAGGUGCAUGUUGCGUCUGGCUCGUCCACUUACAACAUUCGCGUUCAGGAGGUUGGAACGACCUUCUACCCGGAGAACAACGGGUUCUGGGAAUUGAGUGAUUUCAACCAUGAUGGUGUCCUUGAUCUAGUGUAUAUCAAGACGCAGAACACCGGAACUGGAAGCAUUGAAGUCCAUGUGGCGUCAGGCAAGUCGUAA